CAGCUUGUCCUCAUUCUUAUUUUUUGAGUGCUCUUUCACUCUCCUCCGCCAUGCCCGACCCGGCUAAAUCCGCUCCAGCCCCCAAAAAGGGCUCCAAGAAAGCCGUAACCAAGGCCCAGAAAAAGGAUGGCAAGAAGCGCAAGCGCAGCCGCAAAGAGAGUUACUCUAUCUACGUGUACAAGGUGCUGAAGCAGGUCCACCCCGACACCGGCAUCUCAUCGAAGGCUAUGGGCAUCAUGAACUCCUUCGUCAAUGACAUCUUUGAGCGAAUCGCUGGCGAGGCUUCCCGCCUGGCGCAUUACAACAAGCGCUCGACCAUCACCUCCAGGGAGAUCCAGACGGCCGUGCGCCUGCUGCUGCCCGGGGAGCUGGCUAAGCACGCCGUGUCCGAGGGCACAAAGGCCGUCACCAAGUACACCAGCUCCAAGUGAGCUCUCGCAGCUGCCGACAAUCCAAAGGCUCUUUUCAGAGCCACUCACGCUUCCAGAGAAAGAGCCGGUGCAUUCGCUUGUAGUCUUUUGGGUGGGCUCCGGCUGGCCUCCAUUAGGAGGGAAGAUGGCGGGAAAAGGUAAGCUAAGCUCCCUAGGCUUUUUGCGUGUGAGUAUAGACGCUCCAUCAGACAAAUUUAGCUUGGAUUCUUAGAUACCCUUGGGGAAAAAUGCUUGCAGUUGUGCUUUAAGCUACAAUUACAAGUUUGCUUCCGGUUUUCGGUUACUCUUUUGAAGGGGUGGCCUGCCCCUCCACACCUGUGGGUAUUUCUAGUCGGGUGGGACGAGAGACUGAGAAAAGAAGUAAGACACAGAGACGAAAGUAUAGAGACAAAGUAUAGAGAAACAACAGUGGGUCCAGGGGACCGGUACUCAGCACAGCAAGGACCUGCACCGGCACCGGCCUGAGUUCCCUCAGUUUUUAUUGAUUAUUAUUUUCAUUAUUUCAGCAAAAAGGAAUGUAGUAGGAGAGCGAGGUGAUGAUAAGGAGGUCAGCAAAAAACAUGUGAGCAAAAGAAUCUAUGUCAUAAUUAAGUUUAAGGGAAGAUACUAUGCCUGGAUGUGCAUGUAAGCCAGAUUUAUGUUUCCGCCCAACAUCUCAGUGAAGUAAAGAAUAACAAAGUAGCAUUACUGCAAACAUGUCUCACCUCCCACCAUAUAGGGCAGUUUUUCUCCUAUCUCAGAAUUGAACAAAUGUACAAUCGGGUUUUAUACCGAGCAUUCAGUUCCCAGGGGCAGGCAGGAGACAGUGGCCUUCCUCUAUCUCAACUGCAAGAGGCUUUCCUCUUUUACUAACCUACCUCAUCACAGACCCUUAACGGGUGUCGGGCUGGGGGACAGUCAGGUCUUUCUCAUCACACGAGGCCAUAUUUCAGACUAUCACAUGGGGAGAAACCUUGGACAACACCCCGCUUUCAAGGGCAGAGGUCCCUGCAGCUUUCUGCAGUGCAUUGUGCCCCUGGUUUAUUGAGACUAGAGAAUGGUGAUGACUUUUACCAAGUAUACUGCUUGUAAACAUUUUGUUAACAAGGCACGUCCUGCACAGCCCUAGAUCCCUUAAACCUUGAUUUCAUACAACACAUGCUUUUGUGAGCUCCAGGUUGGGUCAAAGUGGCUGGGGCAAAGCUAUAAAUUAACAUCUCAGCAAAGCAAUUGUUUAAACUACCGGUCUUUUUCCAAAUGGAGUCUCUUAUGUCUUUCCUUUCUACAUAGACACAGUAACAGUCUGAUCUCUCUUUUUUUUCCCUACACUCUUUCCUCUUUUUUUUUUUUUUGAGAUGGAGUCUUGCUCUGUCGCCCAGGAUAGAGUGCAGUGGCGCGAUCUCGGAUCACUGCAAGCUCCGCCUCCCGGGUUCAACCAAUUCUCCUGCCUCGGCCUCCUAAUUAGCUGGCAUUACAGGCGCCCGCCACCGUGCCCGACUAAUUAUUGCAUUUUUAGUAGAGACGGAGUUUUACCGUCUUGGCCAGGCUAGUUUCGAACUCCUGACCUCGUGAUCUACCCAUCUCGGCCUCCCAAAAUGUUGGGAUGACAGGCGUGAGCCAUCGCGCCCGGCCCGGUUAUUCUUUCAGUGCCUGUAACGUCCCCCUUCUUUGAUUGGUCAACGCUCUAUUUGAAAAGCCCGCCAAGGGCUGCAGUUUGCCGGAUAGUCUCAUCCGGGUUGUGUUUUUCGAAGAGGUUCUCCCGGAAUGGAAAUGAAUUUUCCGUUAUCUGCAGGAGUGCAUCGGACUCUGGCGCCAAGAGCCGGAAGCUGUGAAUUAACCGUCCCGCUUUCUGCAGUUGUACGGAUAAUGGGAAAAAAAAAAUCCCUUUCACUGUAACUUCAAAGCGUCUCCUGCAAUACUGGAGGCUGGCCCAUGUGUGGGCGGCCCGGCUCCCGCACGGUCUCCGCGGCGAGGUUGGACUGCUCUGGCUGGGCCAGCACCUCCGCCCCGCGGGUCGGGGGCGCCUGCGCUGACUCUGUCCGCCGCUGCGUGGCCCUGGGUAUCCGCCUGCGGAGUGCUCCCAAGCUCCUGACUCUUAAGUUUCCGGAAGUGCUAUGGAAGAUGCCAAAUUCCUUAGUUUGCUUGGGAGACAGAAGACAUUUUAUGACCAUGGGGAGGCUCAAAGUCCAGGGAGACAUGAGACAUCAAUCAAUAUAUGUAAGAAGAACACUGGUUCCGUCCAGAUAGGCGGGGACAACUCAAAGCAGGGAGGGGCUUCCAGGUCACAGGAAACCAAGAGUUGAAACAUUAAUCAUGAAUUGGGUAAAUGAGAGCAUCAUACAGGAGUUUAUUCUGCUGGGUUUCUCAGAUCGACCUUGGCUGGAGUUUCCACUCUUUGUGGUCUUCUUGAUUUCCUACAUCGUAACCAUCUUCGGCAAUCUGACCAUUAUUCUAGUGUCACACCUGGACUCCAAACUCCAUACCCCCAUGUAUUUUUUUCUUACCAAUCUAUCACUCCUGGAUCUUUGUUACACCACAUGUACAGUCCCACAAAUGCUAGUAAAUUUAUGCAGCAUCAGGAAAGUUAUCAGUUACGGUGGCUGUGUAGCCCAGCUUUUCAUAUUUCUGGCCUUGGGGGCUACUGAAUGUCUUCUCCUGGCCAUCAUGUCCUUUGAUAGGUUUGUAGCUAUUUGUCGGCCUCUCCAUUACUCAGUUAUCAUGCACCAGAGACUCUGCCUCCCGUUGGCAGCUGCAUCCUGGAUUACUGGUUUUGGUAACUCAGCGUGGUUGUCCACCCUGACUCUCCAGCUGCCACUCUGUGACCCCUAUGUGAUAGAUCACUUUCUCUGUGAAGUCCCUGCACUGCUCAUGUUAUCUUGUGUUGAGACAACAGCAAAUGAGGCUGAACUAUUCCUUGUCAGUGUGCUCUUCCAUCUAAUACCCCUGACACUCAUCCUUAUAUCAUAUGCUUUCAUUGUCCGAGCAGUGUUGAGGAUACAGUCUGGUGAAGGUCAACAAAAAGCAUUUGGGACAUGUGCUUCCCAUCUAAUUGUGGUGUCACUUUUUUAUGGUACAGCUAUCUCCGUGUACCUGCAACCACCUUCGCCCAGCUCCAAGGACCGAGGAAAGAUGGUUUCUCUCUUCUAUGGAAUCAUUGCACCCAUGCUGAAUCCCCUUAUAUAUACACUUAGGAACAAAGAGGUAAAGGAAGCCUUUAAAAGGUUGGUUGCAAGAGUCUUCUUAAUCAAGAAAUAAGAAAUAUGCAAAUCAUAAGCUUUGCUAAAGACAAAAUGUUUACUUAGCUUACUAACUUCUCUGCAAGUUGCCCUAUUUUUCUUGUUACUGUAAAGAACAAUUGUAAUCUCCCUCAAAUAAAAUGUCCUUGAUGAAGAACUAUA